UCAAGAGAGCCACUUAAGCCUGUUAGCCUUCCCUGACCAUCUGAUGUCGAAUCCUCAGAAAGUCCGGCACAUCUCAGAGUGCUUUGUUAAACCAGAGCAUGCUUUAGAAGAGGCCAAGCAGCCCUUUUACCUGACGCCAUGGGAUCUUGCCAUGCUCUCUGCACACUAUAUCCAGAAGGGUCUUCUCUUCACCAAACCUCCGGCAGCAGAUGAGCAAGAAGGCUUCAUCGACACACUCUUGGACAGGCUUAAGCGCUCCCUCUCGAGAGCCCUUGUCCAUUUCUACCCACUUUCCGGUCGCCUUGUGACACAAACAAAUGAAAACCCACCUUCUUGCUUGAUUUAUGUUGACUGUGAUAACAGCCCAGGAGCUAAAUUCAUCCAUGCAGCUUUAGACAUGACAAUAUCUGAAAUUCUUUCACCGAUUGAUGUGCCGUUGGUUGUUCAAUCGUUUUUUGACCAUGACCGAGCUCUCAAUUAUGAUGGGCAUACCAUGCCUUUGCUUUCCAUUCAAAUUACAGAACUGAAAGACGGCAUUUUUGUAGGCUGUUCCAUGAACCAUUGCAUUGUUGAUGGAACUUCAUACUGGCAUUUCUUUAACUCUUGGUCUGAGAUCUUUCAGGCAGAAGGAAAUGAUAUCUCCCUUGCACGCCCGCCCAUCCACAAGCGAUGGUUUCCUGAUGGUUGUGGUCCAAUCGUCAACCUCCCUUUCACCCACCAAGAUGAGAUCAUCAGCCGAUUUGAAGCACCCGCACUGAGAGAGAGGGUGUUCCACUUCUCACCCGAAUCCAUAACAAAGCUCAAAGCCAAGGCCAAUGCAGAGUACAAAACCAACAAGAUCUCUUCCUUCCAGUCCCUGUCGGCACUCCUCUGGAGGUGCAUAACGCGUGCGCGUCAUCUACCGCUUGAUCAAAUAACCGGUUGCAAGCUGGCAACCAACAACAGAUCAAGAAUGGAUCCACCACUUUCUGAAGACUACUUUGGGAACUCAAUUCACACUGUGGCCGGAGUAGCCACAGUUGGUGAACUGCUUGAACAGAGUCUUGGGUGGGCGGCAUGGCAGCUACACCAGGCCGUGGAUAACCACACUGACAAGGUGAUCCAUGGAUGGCUCGACGCCUGGCAGCAGUCUCCCUUUAUUUACCAACUUGCUCGGUUUUUUGACCCAUACAGUGUAAUGAUGGGGAGCUCACCCAGAUUCAACAUAUAUGGUAAUGAAUUUGGUAUGGGGAAAGCAGUGGCACUUCGCAGUGGGUAUGCAAAUAAGUUUGAUGGGAAAGUGUCAUCGUUUCCGGGAUAUGAAGGAGGAGGAAGCAUAGAUUUGGAGGUGUGUCUUCUGCCAGACUUCAUGAGCACUCUUGAGUCUGAUGAGGAGUUCAUGGAUGCCGCCACUCUGCCCCAUCAACGGUAGUAGUUUGCAUAUUACCAUGCAAAAUCUUCCACUUUCUGAGGAAAUUAAGAAGGCACUAACAGAUAGGCCACUAACUAAUUGCCUAUGAUGUGGAGAGAAACAUGGGUUAUUCUAAUUGGGAAAGUGUAUUAUGGGUAGUGUUAGUAUAGUCUUUAAAUACUAGGUAGUGAGGGUAGUAGGGAUAUGGAGGAUUUGGUGUAGAGUUCUAAUUCUGUUGUGGUUCAACUCUCGUGGAGUAUUAUCUUGUUUAUCUUGUUCUGAGUGAGAUCCACUAGGGUAUCAAAACGUAUUAUCUUAUUUAUGUGUUUGUAUUGUGAUAGAACUCCAACCAUAAGUGGAGAUUUGUAACAUGCUGUUUGGGACCUAUCAAUUAGUAUCAAAGCACAAGGGUAUGGCUACUAAUCGUGAUAGAAUUGAAUCUUUGGAGGCAGACGUAUACGACGUUAAGGAAGGCAUUCAAUGCUUGGAGGAAGGAGCAACUAGCUCCACUGAUCGCAUGCAAAGAAUUGAAGAAGCCUUAAAUGAAAUCUCAACUCUUCUUUUAGUGCAACAUGGAUCAGUUAACUGUCAACCAUACUGCACGUAUGAGCAGGGUGGUCUUUCAAGAGGUUUUCAUGGGGCAAUUGGGAAACAAGUGGUGGUGCCACAUUAUGCCAAAAUGGACUUUCCAUGUUAUCAAGGAGAUGAUCCCAUUGUAUGGUUGAAGACAUUAAUCCAAUGGGAACAUCUGCCACUGGAGGAAGUGAUCUGGAGAGUGGUUACAAACCUUCAACUUCAAAUUCUCACGUUCCACCUUUAGGACAAGGUGCUUGUCGAAGAGGGGAGGAAUGAUAGGCUACUAACUAAUUGCCCAUGAUGUGGAGAGAAAUGUGGGUUAUGUUAAUUGGGAACGUGUAUUAUGGGUAGGGUUAGUAUAGUCUUUAAAUACUAGUUAGUGAGGGUAGUUGGGAUAUGGAGGAUUUGGUGUAGAGUUCUAAUUCUGUUGUGGUUCAACUCCCACUCUAAGUGGAGUAUUAUCUUG